UUGAAAUUUUUCGUUUUAAUGGAAUCGUUUCUAAUUAGAAACGUCUUAGUUAAAUCAUAAUAUUUGCAGAACUACUUCAAUUUAUACCACACAUCGACAUCAACUAAAAGUUUUCAUUAUUGAAUAAAUAUGAACCACAACCAAAUGAAUAUGCAUGUUCCCAUGAAUCCUGUUGGAGCUGCACCCAAUGUUGGGAUGCAGAUGCAAGUUCCAGGUCCCAUUAUGCAACAGCCGUCUCCACAACAAAUGCCACCAGCUAUACCCCAACAGACAUCUCAAGAUAAAAUGGACAACAUAUCUAAAGUUAAAACUUUAAUGGGAUCUCUUCGAGACUCUAUCCCUAUGACACUAAAAUCAGCAGCCCAAGUAUUGCACCAAAAUCACAAUAUGGAUUCAAAUUCGCAGAAAGGAAUUGAUAACCCUGUGCCAAGAUUUGAUAAAAACUUAGAAGACUUUUUUUCACUUUGUGAUCAAAUGGAAUUACACCUGCGGACAGCUAUAACUUGUAUACAGCAGGCACAAUCAGCAGCUCACUAUUUACCACUCACCGUAAUACCGUCUAGACUUGACUCGGGUCCCACCACACAGGAAACUACUCUAAGUUAUCCACAAUAUCUGAAUACGGUGAGACUUCAAAUAGCUUAUGCUAAGGAUAUACACGACACACUGGUUGCCGCUGCCCAAAAUAUAUCGCCGACGGAGUGAUAGUUAGUACAUGUAUAUAAUUUAUUGUAAUUUAACUGAUAAGCUAGUACUGCUAGUAUCUAUGUUGAAAUAAAUUUUAAUCAA